GCGGGCGGGCGGCUACGCGGGAGGCGGCCGCUGGCCUGGCGUGGGCGCGCGGGGCCGCGGCGGGCACGGACAGUCAGCCGCGUCGCUUCAGCCCGGAGCACCCUCGGCGGCCGCGCCUCCCGCCCUCCGUCCUUCUGCCCGGCCCCGCGCCACCAUGCCCGCCGUGGACAAGCUCCUGCUGGAGGAGGCGUUGCAGGACAGCCCCCAGACUCGCUCUUUACUGAGUGUAUUUGAGGAAGAUGCUGGUACCCUCACGGAUUAUACCAACCAGCUGCUCCAGGCAAUGCAGCGCGUCUACGGAGCCCAGAAUGAGAUGUGCCUGGCCACUCAGCAGCUUUCUAAGCAGCUGCUAGCAUAUGAAAAACAGAAUUUUGCUCUUGGCAAAGGCGACGAAGAAGUAAUUUCUACACUCCACUAUUUUUCCAAAGUGGUAGAUGAGCUUAAUGUUCUCCAUACAGAGCUGGCUAAACAGUUGGCAGACACAAUGGUUCUACCUAUUAUACAAUUUCGAGAAAAGGAUCUCACAGAGGUUAGCACUUUAAAGGAUCUUUUUGGACUCGCCAGUAAUGAGCAUGACCUCUCAAUGGCAAAAUAUAGCAGGCUUCCUAAAAAAAAGGAGAACGAGAAGGUGAAGACAGAUGUCGUGAAAGAGGUGGCAGCUGCACGGCGGAAACAGCACCUCUCUUCCCUUCAGUACUACUGUGCCCUCAACACGCUGCAGUACAGGAAGCGUGUGGCCAUGAUGGAGCCCAUGAUAGGCUUUGCCCACGGACAGAUUAACUUUUUUAAGAAGGGAGCAGAGAUGUUUUCCCAAAAUAUGAACAGCUUUUUAUCCUCAGUUGCGGACAUGGUCCAAAGCAUUCAGGUGGAACUAGAAGCCGAAGCAGAGAAGAUGCGGGUGUCCCAGCAAGAACUGCUCUCUGUUGAUGAGUCUGUUUACGCCCCGGACUCUGACGUGGCUGCACCACAGAUCAACAGGAACCUCAUCCAGAAGGCUGGUUACCUUAAUCUUAGAAGUAAAACAGGGCUGGUCACCACCACUUGGGAGAGGCUUUACUUCUUCACGCAAGGCGGGAACCUCAUGUGUCAGCUGCGGGGCGCCGUGGCCGGAGGCCUGAUCCAGGACCUGGACAACUGCUCGGUGAUGGCAGUGGAUUGUGAAGACCGACGAUACUGCUUCCAGAUCACCACGCCCAACGGGAAAUCGGGAAUAAUCCUCCAGGCAGAAAGCAGAAAGGAAAAUGAAGAGUGGAUAAGUGCCAUAAACAACAUCUCCAGACAGAUCUACCUGACUGACAACCCAGAGGCGGUCGCCAUCAAGUUGAAUCAGACGGCUCUCCAAGCAGUGACUCCCAUUACAAGUUUUGGAAAAAAGCAAGAAAGCUCAUGCCCCAGCCAGAACCUGAGAAAUUUAGAGCUGGAGAAUGACAAGAUUGUUCCCAAAGCAGCGGCCCGUGUCCCUGACGCCGAUGAGCUCAUUGCACCUGGAACACCUAUCCAGUUCGAUAUCGUCCUUCCUGCCACAGAAUUCCUGGAUCAGAACAGAGGGAGCAGGCGCAUCAACCCUUUUGGUGAGACUGAGGAUGAGACCUUUCCAGAAGCAGAAGAUUCCCUUUUGCAACAGAUGUUUAUAGUUCGGUUUCUGGGAUCGAUGGCAGUUAAAACAGACAGCACUACCGAAGUGAUUUAUGAAGCAAUGAGACAAGUGUUGGCUGCUCGGGCUAUUCACAACAUCUUCCGCACGACGGAAUCCCACCUACUGGUCACCAGCCAGACUCUGAGGUUGAUAGAUCCUCAGACUCAAGUAACAAGGGCCAAUUUUGAACUCACCAGCAUCACCCAGUUUGCUGCUCAUCAAGAGAACAAGAGACUGGUUGGCUUCGUGGUCCGCACACCAGAAUCCACAGGUGGAGAGGCUCUGAGCACAUACGUUUUUGAAAGCAACUCAGAAGGCGAAAAGAUAUGUUAUGCUAUUAAUUUGGGAAAAGAAAUCAUUGAAGUUCAGAAGGAUCCAGAAGCAUUGGCUCAGUUAAUGCUGUCCAUACCACUAACCAAUGAUGGAAAAUAUGUACUGUUAAACGAUCAACCAGAUGACAAUGAUGGAAGUCCAAGUGAAAAUAGAGGCGCAGAAUCUGAAGCAUAACUCUCUUGGGCCUUUGGGGGAAGAGCACCCAGGAAGGAGAGCUACCUCCUUAAGGGUUUUCAACUUCUCUGAUAUACAGGCCCAUGACCUGGUUUCAGAAUGCUGACAAUCGCUUGUGGAAUGUCCUCUGGAUGCCUUGAUACUGAGAGAUGGGAGGGAAACAGUAAGAAAUGGUUGACAACAUUCCUACCCAUCUACAAAUGUUAUUUUAGGUGCUUUGUGGUAAGUCUUUUUCUUAGAUUGUAUUGUUCAGCGCUCAGAAUGAAAGUUGAAGAAAAAAUGGAUUGUUCACUUUAUUCAAAUGUCAUCUCUUCAGUUUCCAAUAUCCUUUUUUAAAAACGGUAGAAACCUAGAUUUAUAAUUUGAUAAACACUAAAUAUUUCCUAUUAAUAUAAUCUAUUUUUGUAUUUUACUUCAUGAGCUUUAAGUGCCUGUCACUCUGAAAACUGUGUAUUUAUAAUCAAGCUUGUCUCACAAUUGGACUUAAUAGCAUUAAUUUGUGCAGUUAGGUGACAAGCCCUGCUUUGAGGCCUGAGCACUAGCAAAAAUGCAGUUUUGAGGGCGCCUGGGUGGCUCAGUUGGUUGAGCGACUGCCUUCGGCUCAGGUCAUGAUCCUGGAGUCCUGGGAUCGAGUCCCACAUCGGGCUCCCUGUACAUCAGGGAGUCUGCCUCUCUCUCUGACCCGCCCCCCUCUCAUGCUCUCUCUAUGUCAUUCUCUCUCUCAAAUAAAUAAAGAAAAUCUUUAAAAAAAAUAAUAAAUUAAAAAAAUAUGCAGCUUUGAUCAUUUUUCCAGACAUAUAAUAAAAAGACUAGCAGAUGAGUACCAACAAAAGAUGUUCAGUUUUACAUUGGAACCUUAAUGAACCAGCAUUCAGAAGUUUUUGGUCCUUUAGAUAUUUUUAGUGGUGGAUCACCAUGGACAGGGUGAAGCUCUACCAACUCCUGAUUCCUCUGAGCCAGACCCUCCUUAAGGAAUGGACCAGUUAAUUUUAAAACUCACUCGAAGCACAGCUGGCUGUGGGGCUUGGUACAAAGUUCCUAUUUCCACCCCUACCUCUUAAGAUAAGUAAAAUGAUCUUGAAUUGGCACAGUGUGUUUAACUAUAACCAAGUUCAACAGAGUAUCAUUGUCUUUGUAAUAAAUUAACCUAGCAGUAAAUGCCAGCAAAUAAAAACUAUCAUUCUGUUUCU